AUGUCAAAAAAAGUUGAGAGCUUCUGGAUAAUAAAAGCUCAUUGGACACCUGAUUCGAGUUUAGAUAACAAUGAAAGAAUUUUCACAUUGAUAAAAGCAUGGAAAGUGGGAGAGAAUGAAAUUGAAAAGUAUGAUAAAACUUUGAUGAAAGCAACAAAAAGUUAUUUAAAAAGUUAUUAUGAACAAAACGAACUCGACAUUGCAGCAGAAUUUUCGGAUGAAAAUCUUUGUCAAAUGUUGCACAUGUCUAAUGCUGGAUAUAAAGUGAAGCUUCAAUGCUUUGCUCAUGCAUCUGUUGGGAAAAUGAGCUUCGAAUCUGGUGUGAUAAUUGCACAACGAUUGUCAAGCGCUCUUGAAUUUCUUCGAAAAUUAUUUGCUGCUCAAAAGGUUAAAGUAAAAAAUAAAUAUUUAGUUGUGUUGCUUAAUGAAACUGACAACAAUGCCGAAGAAAUAUUUAAACUUUUUUGGAGUAGAAAAUUUAUGAAUGUUAAAGUUUUGACUGUAGUCGAUGACAUGACAAUUCUCUUGACAUUUAAUCCGUGGAAAAGCCGAUUUUAUUGUAACAACACAACUCCAAUAAUCAUUGCAACUUUCAAAAACGAAUCUUGGCAUGAUGCAAAUGUUCCAAGUUUGAAUUUCCACCAAUGCCCGAUUAAAGUUGCAACUUCUUCUUAUGCACCUGCAGUAAUUUUUGAUGAAUCUAAAGAAGGUCUUGAAAGGUUUAGUGGAGUUGAUGUUAGGUUGGUUAAAGAAUUGUCAAAAAUUUUAAACUUCACUCUUGAAAUUGACUUAAGAACAAAUUUCUUUGGAUAUAUACAAGAUAAUGGAUCAGCAUCUGGUGCGAUAGCUGAAGUGGUCAAUGGAAAUUCUGAUCUAGUUAUUGGAUUUUAUAUUUUAAAUGAAUUGAAAACGAGAUUUCUAAGUUUUACUCAACCACAUCUUUAUUUACCAGUCGGAGUUAUAAUUCCACCAGGAGAAUUAUUCACGUCUUUGGAGAAGUUUCAACAACCUUUCACAACAAUAGUGUGGUUCUCAAUAACUGGAGUCCUUGGAUUAGGUUUCAUCAUAAUUUUCAUCUUACAUUUUCCGGUGCAGAAAUCCAAAUUAUCAGAAGCUUUCAUUGUGAUAGCUGGGACAAUGCUUGGCUUGUCACAUAAAACUUUACCUCAGAGAAAUUCUACAAGAAUCGCUCUUAUGGCUUUCAUUUUGUUCUUCAUGAUCAUUCGAACUUUAUACAUUGGCGCGUGGUUUAAAUUCCUGCAAGUGAAACAACGACAUCCAGAAAUAUCAACAAUAGACGAGUUAAUUGAAAGCGACAUCGAAGUUUUAAUGUACCCAACAUUCGAACAAAUGAUAAGAGGAUGGAAAUUGCACAAAAAAGCAAAUAGUUUGUCAUUUUCAAGCUUUUAUCAGAAACUUAUGAUGAUGAAAGAGCCUUUGAGUAAUCUAGCUGUUGUAGCCACAAUUGAUGAAGUUUAUUAUCAUAAUAAAUUUAGCACUGACACUCCACCUCACAUUUUUCUCAAAGAAUAUUUAUUCACGGCACCAAUUGCGAUGUAUUUCACGAAAGAAUCUUAUAUUGUUGAAAUUUUUGACGAUAAGAUUAAUUUGAUAAAAACGGCUGGAUUAUUAGACUUCUGGAGUUCUUAUCUCAUGGAUUCCGAUUAUUUAUACGUUGAUUUGGACAAAGAUCACGAACCAGAACAAAUGAACUUUCAACAAUUAUCAGGAGCAUUUGAAAUUUGGGCAUUUUGCUGUAGCUUUUCUUUUCUCGUUUUCCUAUGUGAACAUUUUCAUUACCGACUUGCAAAUUAUUUAUGUCAUUGUCAACGAUGA